AUGAGGGUCGCCAACAGAGGUGAAAUCGCCGUCCGCAUCAUUCAAGCCGCUCGCGAGCUCUCCUCACCCAUAGAAGUAUACGCCAUCUAUACCGAGGAUGACACCUCGCACUGCGACACAGCCCACCCGGAUCAUGCUCUCCUCAUCCCAUCAGUGGCAACCUACCUCGACAUCCCCUUCCUAGUGCGUCUAGCUCAGGACAAUGCCAUCGACGCCAUCCACCCAGGCUACGGCUUCCUAAGCGAAAGCGCGGACUUCGCUGCCCGCAUGCAAGACGCCGGAAUCACCGUAAUAGGGCCCGGCAGCUCAGUAUUAUCUCGCACGGGAGACAAGCUCCAAGCGAAGCAACUAGCCGUGGAGUGCGACGUUCCCGUCUUGCCGGCGAUGGCGCAGCCGACGGCAGAUGUUGCGGAGGUGCGGGAAUUUGUGAAGCAGGUGCAGUAUCCUGUUAUGGUGAAGGCCGUGGAUGGGGGUGGGGGACGGGGGAUUCGGCUUGUGUAUGGGGAUGAGGGGUUGGAGGGUGCGGUGAGGGGUGCGGUUAACGAGUCGCCGUCGGGGACGGUGUUUGUGGAAAAGGCGGCUGUGAAGGGGUGUCGACAUGUAGAGGUGCAGAUUAUUGGGGACGGGGUGGAGGUGAGGCAUCUGUGGGAGAGGGAUUGCAGUGUACAGAGGCGGUUUCAGAAGGUGGUUGAGAUUGCGCCGUCAUUGAUUGGGGAUCGGGGGCUAGUGCAGAGGGUGGUGGAUGCUGCUGUGAGGAUGGGGAGGGCUACAAGGUAUAGGUCGCUGGGGACGGUGGAGUUUUUGGUGAAUGAGGGGAGUGGGGAGUUUUAUUUUUUGGAGAUUAACCCCAGAAUACAGGUUGAACAUACGGUUACUGAAGAGCUUAUGAGGGUGGAUCUUGUGCAGGCUCAGUUAAAACUGGCGAUGGGGUAUACGUUUGCACAGCUUGGGCUUGGGGAUGUGGGGUUGGAUACUCCUAAGGCUUGUGCUAUUCAGCUCCGGUUGUGUGCGGAAGAUCCGAGCAAUCAGUUUGCCCUGAGUGUAGGGAAGGUGACUGAGAUGGUUGUUCCAAGUGGCCGUGGUGUGAGAGUCGAUACCCAUAUUCGUGCUGCUGGGGCGAACCCUGUUGUGGUAGGAGCGCAGUUGGACAAUUUACUCGCUAAAAUCAUUGUCACUGCAUCUACUUGGGAGGGAGCAGUCCUCAAAGCCCGGCGAGUGCUUGCAGACACUACAGUGGCUGGUGUCCGGACUAACUUGGAAUUGCUGAGAGGGGUUGUUGCUCAGGAAGACUUCCUUUCUGGAAGGAUAGACACACAAUGGCUGGAGUCCAGUCUGGACCAGGUGCUCCAGCAGGGAGCAAGUGUCUCACGAUCAGUCCGUACUCAGGGACCUGUGCAGGGACAGCGUCCCACUGCGUCGCCUAGUGUGCCUUCUUCGAAUCUUCUAUUUCGACGAGGAGAUGCAUGGUCAAUCAGCCUCACGCCAGUAGAGGCAUCUCAGCAGUCACAGCAACAUCGCCUCCAACUCACACGCGUGCUGCGGAAUGACUUUCCGACUUCGCUUGCAGCCGAUAUCGAGUAUCAGACGCCCAGUUCUUCCGGUGCCUAUCGACUAGAACUGGCUGCCACCUCGACCACAGCAUCUGCCCUCUUUUCAUCCGCUCAUAGACGCGGGGAUAUAAGUAAUCCACGACACAUUGUCCUUCCUUUAUCUGGAAAGUUAAUUGAAGUGCUUGUGUCUUCGGGGGAUCAUGUCGCUGAGAAUCAGGUGAUAGCGUUUAUAAAGCAGAUGAAGAUGGAGGUGGAGGUGCGCAGUCCGCGCGCAGGGCAAGCACAAUGGGUAUAUGAGAUGGAAGAUGAAGAAGAGGAUGUGGCAGAAGGGAUGCUGUUGGUGGAGUUGACUGACGGGUUGCAAGGGAAGCUCUAG